AUGUCACAAGUGUUUGCAAACGCAACAAACAUCUUACCUACAUCACAAUCCUAUUCAGAUGCCCUCAGUCUAAUCUCAUCCACAAACCCUCAACUAAACAUAGUGGAACAAUAUUGGGCUGCUUGGUAUCAUUAUAUGCAAAAUGAUGUUUUAGCUACUGGGUUAUUAUUUUUUUUAUUACAUGAAUUUAUGUAUUUUGGUCGUUGUUUACCAUGGUAUAUUAUUGAUAAAAUCCCAUAUUUUAACAAAUGGAAAAUCCAACCAACUAAAAUCCCAUCAGAUAAAGAACAAUGGGAAUGUUUUAAAUCUGUUAUAAUGUCACAUUUCUUAGUGGAAGCUAUACCAAUUUGGACUUUCCACCCAAUGUGUCAAAAAUUGGGAAUUUCAAUCUCUGUCCCAUUCCCAACUUUGAAAACAAUGGUUUUACAAAUUAGUUUAUUCUUUUUUUUGGAAGAUAUGUGGCAUUAUUGGGCUCAUAGAUUAUUCCAUUAUGGUCCUUUUUACAAAUAUAUUCAUAAACAACAUCAUCGUUAUGCUGCCCCUUUUGGAUUGACUGCUGAAUAUGCUCAUCCUGUGGAAAUCAUGUCUUUAGGUGCAGGUACUGUUUGUAUGCCAAUCUUAUAUGUUUAUUUCACCAAAAAUCUUCAUCUAUUCACUUUAUGUGUUUGGAUCACAUUAAGAUUAUUCCAAGCUGUUGAUUCCCAUUCAGGUUAUGAAUUCCCUUGGUCAUUACAUCAUUUCAUCCCAUUCUGGGCUGGUGCUGAACAUCAUGAUUUACAUCAUCAUUAUUUCAUUGGAAAUUAUGCUAGUUCUUUUAGAUGGUGGGAUUUCUCCCUUGAUACUGAAGCUGGUCCUGAAGCUAAAGCUGAAAGAGAGGAAAGAAUGAGAUUAAAAGCUGAACAAAAGGCUAAAAAGGCUAAUUGA